CUCAGAAGCAGAUUCCCCAGCUCUGGAGUCACGUGAUUUCCAGUAACUGCAGAGAGGAGGAGGAGCCUCGAGUUAAAGUGAAAGUGUUCAGACUAGUUCUAACUACAAGGAGCAGACGGAGGAGACGUGAAGUCUGAGGCUGAUAAACAUUGAAGCUGGUGUGAAAGAUCAUUUCACUGAGUUCUGCUGUAAACUGAGCGCAGAACGAGAAGGAAAUAGACCAGACCUUGAAUAUCUAGACAAGCAGCGCGGCCUGAAAGGUCAGGACCACAGACUGAGAGCAGAGUCUCCAGGGUCCAGCUGUCUGUCUCUGAAGAGUGACUGGUUCAUGGAUCCUCCUCCACACUUCAGUAAAGAACCUGGACCCUCACACACAGAGGAGAGGAAGAGGAGUCAUGUUUCUGAGGAGGAGCAGUCGUCCUGCUGUGCUUCGUGUCAGGACGUCCUGAAGGAUCCAGUCUCCACCAGCUGUGGACACUGGUUCUGCAGACAGUGCAUCACCUCAUACUGGGACCAGUCUGGUUCUUCAGGAGACUCCUCCUGUCCCCAGUGUGGACAAAGAUCCAGAACAGGAGCUGGAGCUCAGACAGCCGCAGAUCGUGGUCUGCAGGAGGUUUUAGGUGACCAUAAGCUCAGUCUUAGGAGGAGGUGUGAACAUGUGACUGAAGGAAGUGAUGAAACAGGAAGUAGAACCCUCCUCAACAGGAUCUACACUGACCUCUACAUCACAGAGGGACAGAGUGAAGAGGUUAAUACUGAACAUGAGGUGAGGCAGCUUGAGACGGCUUCCAAGAAGAAGAUCCUCCACGACACUCCCAUCAAGUGCCAUGACAUCUUUAAAGCCUCCACUGACCAGCAGAGCAGCAUCAGAGUCGUCCUGACCAACGGCGUCGCUGGCGUUGGAAAAACCUUCUCGGUGCAGAAGUUCACUCUGGACUGGGCAGAGGGUUUAGAAAACCAGGAUGUGGGUCUGCUGACUGUGCUUUCGUUCAGGGAGCUGAACCUGGUGCAGGACCAGCAGCACAGUCUCCUCACGCUGCUCCGUGUUUUCCAUCCAGCGUUACUGAAGCUCACGGCAGAGACGCUCGCUGUCUGUAAACCUUUGUUCAUCUUUGACGGCCUGGAUGAAAGCAGACCUUCUCUGGACUUCAACCACAGGGAGCUUGUAUCUGAGGUCACACACAGGUCAUCAGUCAACGUGCUGCUGACAAACCUCAUCCGGGGGAAUCUGCUUCCCUCGGCUCUCGUCUGGAUCACCUCCAGACCUGUGGCGGCCAAUCAGAUCCCUCCUGCAUGUGUUGACAGGGUCACAGAAGUACGAGGCUUCACUGACGCCCAGAAGGAGGAGUACUUCAGGAGGAGAUUCAGUGAUGAAGAGCUGUGCAGCAGAAUCAUCUCACACAUCAAGACGUCCAGGAGCCUCCACAUCAUGUGUCAAAUCCCAGUCUUCUGCUGGAUCAGUGCUACAGUUCUGGAGCACAUGUUGACCACAGACCAGAGAGGAGAGCUGCCCAAGACCCUGACUGACCUGUACUCACACUUCCUGCUGGUUCAGACAAAGAGAAAGAACAACAAGUACGAGGGACAUGAGACGACUCCACAGCAGCUGACGGAGGCUGACAGGGACGUUCUCCUGCCUCUGGGGAGGCUGGCACUUAAACAUCUGAGGAAAGGAAACAUCAUGUUCUACCAAGAAGACCUGGAGCUGUGUGGUCUUAAUGUCACAGAGGCCUCGGUGUACUCAGGAGUUUUUACUGAGAUCUCCAGAAGAGAGUGUGUGAUCUUCCAGAAAUCAGUCUACUGCUUUGUUCAUCUGAGCGUUCAGGAGUUUCUGGCUGCAGUCUACAUGUUCCACUGUUACACCGAGAGGAACAGAGAAGAAGUCAACAACUUCUUGGGAACAUGUGGGGACACAGACAGUACCUUCUCCCUAGAUGACCUCCUGAAGAAGACCAUGGAGAAAUCCUUCACUAGUACAAAUGGUCAUCUUGACCUGUUUGUUCGCUUCCUUCACGGCCUCAGUCUGGAGUCCAACCAGAGAGUCUUAGGAGGUCUGCUGGGUCGGACAGGGAACAAUCCAGAGAUCCUCCAGAGAAUCAUCAACAACCUGAAGGAGAUGAAGACUGAUGACAUUUCUCCUGACAGAAGCAUCAACAUCUUCCACUGUCUGACUGAGAUGAACGACCACUCAGUUCAUCAGCAGAUGAAACAGUUCCUGACGUAUGGGAACACAUGGAAGGAGAAACUCUCUGAGAUCCACUGCUCAGCUCUGGCCUACAUGCUGCAGAUGUCUGAGGAGGUUCUGGAUGAGUUGCACCUGGGGAUGUUCAACACAUCAUACCAGGGUCGACAGAGACUGAUCCCAGCUGUGAGGAACUGCAGGAAGGCUCGACUCACUGGUUGUUUCCUCUCAGAGACUCACUGGGAAGUCGUAUCCUCAGCUCUGAAGUCAGACCCCUCACAUCUGAGAGAACUGGAUCUGUGUGGAAGCCACCUGCAGGAUUCAAAAGUGAAGCUGCUGUGUUCUGGACUGGAGAGUCCAAACUGUCGACUGGAGACUCUGAGACUCUGUGGUUGUGGACUCUCAGAGACUCACUGUGAAGUCGUAUCCUCAGCUCUGAAGUUAGACCCCUCACAUCUGAGAGAACUGGAUCUGAGUGGAAACGACCUGAAGGAUUCAGGAGUGAAGCUGCUGUGUUCUGGACUGGAGAGUCCAAACUGUCGACUGGAGACUCUGGGGUUGAGUCUCUGCGGACUGUCAGAGAUCAGCUGUUCUUCUCUGGCUUCAGCUCUGAGGUCAAACCCCUCUCAUCUGACAAAACUGGAUCUGACUGAAAACAAGCUGCAGGACUCAGGAGUGAAGGAGCUGUGUGGUUUUCUACAGAGUCCAACCUGUCGACUGGAGACUCUGACGUUGAUGUGGUGCAGUCUAUCAGAGAUCAGCUGUUCUUCUCUGGCUUCAGCUCUGAGGUCAAACCCCUCUCAUCUGAGAGAACUGAAUCUGUGCUUCAACGACCUGCUGGACUCAGCAGUGAAGGAGCUGCUUGAUCUACAGCAGAGUCCAACCUGUCGACUGGAGACUCUGAGCUGGUGGGGGUCUUCGUUGGACUGAGAGUGAAGAGGACAUUGUGUGUGGACGGAGGCUGAGCUGUGUCCUGAGGAUCCAGAGGCUGAAGCAGCAGCAGCUUGUGUGUAGUCUCCAAUCUACACAACCCCUAAUCUGCAUGUGUUUGUGAGAUGAAGCCGGAGCACCUGGAGAAAACACGUGGAGAACAUGCAGACUCCACACAGGAAGACCCAUCUGAACCGGAUUCAAACCAGCAACCUUCCUGCCCCGAUUGUGUUUAUUCACAUGAAGAAUGUGUUUAUUGAAAUGACACAACACAAGCAGAAUAUACAAACCCUCUUUAAAGAGUCACAUCCAGUGUGUUUAAGUUUGUCUUUAUUAUUUUCCACCUUUGUCCCUCAGUCUGUCUCCAUGUGUGUAGAACCACAUUCUGUGUAUAUGUUUGUUUAUGAUCUUAAUGUUCCUGGAUUCACGUAACAAAUUGAUUUAGCUCCACACAAAGUUCAACACAUUGACGUUUUCAUUUCUGCAUCAGGUGCAGAGCGGUGGUGGCUUUUCUACUUUUGACCCACAGGUGGCGCUGCAGUAUAACAGCAGCACAUCCCAGUCAAAGCCUUUAUAUUCAGUCUAUGAGUCAAACACAUGGAUCAUUUCCUCUGUGACAAACCAGAUGUAACAAGAAGAAACACAUCUCAGAGAGAAAAGUUCUGUUUCUACUUGUCUCUGAUUUAAUGCUCAAUAAACAUCCUUCCACCGA